GACGGCUGGUUGGUGGAAUCAGUCGGUCAAUUGGACACAGACGACGCGGAAGAGCAAUCAGUGUAAGCGCGCGGCCAAUAUCAAAACAAAAAUUCAAAACUUACUUAAAUUACAUAAGCGCGUAGUGAAAGAGUGCGCAUAAAAUUAUAAGUUUGUGUUUGUGUUGUGUUAUUUGUUUUCGUAAUUCAUUUGUAAACACUGCAAGCAUGUUGGAGAGCAGACCAAAGCAAAAUAUUGCGGUAAAAAGUGUGCCGGCCGACACCGCGCUGCUGGAACAACAAAGUGACUUACUUUCACCACAAGUUUUGGACGCUUACCGCGAGUUAGCCAAUCGCAAUGCCAUCGGCGAUUUCGAAUUGGCUGUGCAGCCCAUAGGCGGGCCUGGUGAAAAUUCCUAUGGCUCCGUGCUGAAAGUACGUUUAACGCCUACAAGCGCGCCAACGAAGUCAGCUGCGUUGCAUACGAUUUUGAAGAUCGCACCUACAAGCCCAGCGCGCCGCACACAUAUGCGCGUCAAGGACGUGUACACACGAGAAGUGUUUAUGUACGCAAAUGUGUUUAGUGAGUUUAAUGCGCUGCACGCGCCACACGCGGUAGGAGUAACGCGCGCGCAGUUUAGUGCCGCGCCGCAAAUGUUAUACGCUUCGUUGAAGGACGACACUGAGUUUAUAAUUUUUGAGGAUUUAACCGCCGUAGAUUUUGCAAUCAACUCACGUACCAAUCUACCCACCUAUGAUUUGGUGGUGUGCGCCUUUCGUGCGCUCGCGCAGUUGCAUGCCAUGUCGUUUGUAUUGCAGGCGCGUCAGCCAGCGCGCUUUGCCGCGUUGGUCGCACAAAUGGAUGAUAACCUCUUUACGCCGGACAUGGAGGAAGUGUCAGUGGAGUUUGGCAAGAAAUAUGUGCGGCGCACACGUCACUUGCUCGAGGCAGACUUGAAGCUGAGCGGCGAAGAUACGCCACAGAUGCGUGAGGUGCUGCUGGCGCUGCAUAAAAUUGAGGAUAAUUUCCACAGCAUUUGUUUGGAUGCAGUCGAUGGCGCGGCGUAUGCGCCCUACUCGGUUAUAUGUCACGGCGAUUUCUGGAAUAACAACAUACUCUACAAAUUUGAUUCCAACAACAAACAACGCAACACCGCCAUCAAGGCCAAACUGAUUGACUUUCAAAUUUCGCGCUACUCACCGCCAAUCUUGGAUCUGGUACACUAUCUUUAUGCCUGCACAGAGAAACCGCUACGCGAUGCGCAUUUCAAUGAAUUCAUGCAAAUCUAUUACGACACAUUGGCACAGUUUAUACGCGACUACGAAUUGGACCCGGCUGUCCUAUAUCCCGAAGCAAUAUUCCGCCAACAAUUAAGACAAUUCGGCGUCUAUGGUUAUUGCAUGUCCGCGUUUGCAGUGCCAUUCUUCGUGUCGAAUGCGAGUGAAUUACCAGAUUUGGAUAAAGUCUCCGAGGCGAUACAAGAACUCUCCUCAUGUUCAUCAUCAUCGGACUCUUCGGACACAGAUGCAGCAAGCGAUGACGGGAACGGAGCACAACAAAGUGACGUGGAACAGCAGCGACAGAAGAGCAACUACAACAAAACAAUGUCUACAAAAAGUCAAAACGCCGCAGAGUUGGUCGAUGAACUGGAUAUUUUGACCGAACGCACGCUGCCCAUAUUUAAAAGGCGUAUGAUUGGCAAUGUUUUAGAUUUGCAGAAGUACGACAUGCUUGAAGCCGUAUUGAAGUAUUAAUGGAUAAAUGUGAAAGGGAGAGCGCGGUCAGCGUGAUAGGGAAAGAAAAUAGUACAUUAGCGGAAGUGUAAAGAGUGUAAGAGAGUCAUUGGGGAAAGAAAGAGACAGAGGGAAAGUGAAAGAGAGUGAAAAAAGGGGAAGAGAGAGAGAAAGUGUAAGAAAGGGAACGAGAGAGGGAGAGAGAGUGAAAGAGAGAGAGAGGGAAAGUAAAAUAGAAAAGGGGGGUAAAGAGAGAGAGAGGGAAAAAAGAGAGAGAGCGGUAAAUAGAGAGAAGGUAGAAGGAAAGAGAGGAAUGAAAAGAGGGAGAGGGGCAUAGAUAAAGAGAAAGGGAUAAAUAUAGAGGGAAAGAGAGAUAGAAAGGAGAAGAGAGAGAGAGGGAGAGAGGAAAAUACAGGGCAAAAAAGAGAGAUAGAAAAGGUAUAGAGAGAUAGAGUGUGGUGUAUUACAGGUUGUGGUGAAAAUAUUUGGUUGUUCAAGGAAGUUGUACAAAUUGAAAGCAUUAAUUUGGCAGCAAACAGCUUAAACUGAGUUACUCACAAAAGCAUUCCAGUAAAAAAAAUUGAGAAGAGAAUUGUACAUAUUGAAUUAAGCUAUAAUAUGCGCUUCAGAAAGUUACUUAAUUAAGUCAAUUAGUGUUUAUUUCCACCAUUAAAAGUAUUAAUGCAAACAAUUAGCUAAUUGACUCAAUUAAGUUGCUGACUGAAACGCCAAUAAACGUGUUUAAACUCAAUGAAGUUUAUUAGAAAGUGACUUAGUAGCGCUACCCACCAAAUUAUAAUUAUUUUAAUAACAAAGUGCCAUGUAGUGCCGUUAGAGUGAAGCGUGAACUCAUUAAUUGUGUUGAUAAUUAUAUUAAAUUAUAUAUAUUUUAUUAAGUGGCGCAGUAGUAAACACCCUGUAAGAGUGCUGCGACUUUGAUAUUGAAAGUAUUUACAUUUGUAAUAAAAGAAAAAUAGUAAAAGAUGGUGAAAAAUAUUUGCUACUAUAUUUAUAACUAUAUAAAUUGUUGUUAUAUAUGUAUGUAUGUAUGUAGAGGUAGUGAUUAAUUAGCAGAAUUGAAAUACUAUAGAAGCUAACAAAGGUACCUAUUAUGAGUUAAACAUAAAAGUGAUUAAAUUAAACAAAAUAAAAAGCGACAAAUAGUAGAAAUAAACAACAACUACAAAAAUGUGAUUUAAAGCAAUUGUACAAAGCAGCGUAAUAUUUAUAAUAACAGUUUUUGCUUGUAAUAAAACUAUUUAAAUAAACCAAUUCAUUACGUAUAACA